AUGAUCCUUCAACCAACCCGUAUCCUCUUAACAACACGCUGCUCUCCCCCCUCCUGGCUCCCCCAUCCACACCCCACAACCCCCCUCAGAACAUUCGCCUCCAGACGCACCGCUUCCCUACCCAACACGAGCACUGCCCCCUCAGAUGACGACGUGACCGAAGCCAGACGGUGGCUGUCCACCUUCGACUCCAAGUCCAUCCCGCGUCAUCUCUGCGAAAUCUCCUUCAGUCGAUCCGGUGGCCCAGGAGGUCAGAACGUCAACAAGGUCAAUUCCAAGGCCACCCUCAAAUUACCCCUCCAUGGUCUCCUGCCGCUCCUGCCUCCCCUGCUGCACGGUCCACUGCGGUCGUCGCGCUAUUUCGCGGAACGUUCCGAGUCGCUCGUUAUCCAGUCGCAGGAGUCGCGCAAGCAGACCUCCAAUGUGGACGCUUGCUAUGACAAGCUCUACCAGCUGCUUCGGACCACCGCGGACGAUGCGAUUCCUGGGGAGACGUCGCAGGCUCAGAAGGAUCGCGUGGCUAAAUUAAAAAAGGCUGAAAAUGAAACGAGACUGAAGACAAAGAAGUUUCUUAGCAGCAAAAAGGCUAGUCGCCGGGGCAGAUCCGACGAAUAA